AGUAGUCUGAUGAUCUAGAGGCUUUCAGCACUUCUGAAUUUACAACUUUUAAUUUGCACUGAUUUGUCAUCAUGAGAGCACUUUUCUUCAUCACCCUGUCCUUCGUUCUGCUGGCGGUAAAUGGGCAGGCUGGUAUGUACGGUGACAUCGACCUCUGUACGAUACAGUACGUCAAACCAGGCGACGACUUCGAGAUGGAUUGCAGAUCCGACUCAGCAUUGUCUUCUAGGAUAAUCACUCCCCAAAAUUCCGUCCCAGACGAGGCUUCGCUGCAGGCUGUGAAUAACGCGCUAAGCUCCGAACCCGAAACGACUAUUCUAAUCAAGGAGUACCAGGACGCCACAAAAGGAGUCCACGACGGAUUCUACACCUGCGUGGUGCACCAUCUAGGAAGAUGGUCCACAAAGGAGUGUGAAGUGGUGAUAAAGGACCUCUGCGAGGACAACGAGUGCGGGGAGCAUAAGAAGUGCGAGCCGGACUACGAAACAGGAACUGUGGAGUGCACGUGUGAUUAUAAGUGUCCAAUGGUCUUCAAUGUUCUCUGCAGCAGCACCUGCGAGGUAUUCUGGCACGAGUGCGCUAUGGAGGAGCAGACGUGCAUCGACGGAAAGGAACGAGAGGUCCUCAACAGUGGAUUCUGCCCAAAUAAAGUGGAUCCUGUAAUUCGCCAAAUAGACCAAGACAUUGACGCUGAAACCGGGGAUACUGUCAACUUAUCAGCCGGUCUUAUUUCAGAUGGUGUGCCAAUGGUGCAUAUCAGUUGGGUGUUCUACCCGGAGAAUGGGCUACCAACAUACUUAAGGGGUACAGAGAACUACGAGUUCACUUUCAGCGAAGAAACGUGCGGAAAGUACGUGGCAACUGUGAUGCACUGCAUGAACGAGGAAGAGGCUGUCGUCAACGAAUACAGAGUGAGGUGUCCAGUAAAACCUACCACUCAACCAUAUGUAACUAGUACAGCUGGAGCAGACAACCUGGAAAUAAUGGAACCCCGCCAUGUCUGCAGUCUUCUCCCUGGCGGAGUCCUGGAAGACUUCAACAGCAGGGCCCACUUCUACGAUCUCUCCUGCACUCACGUUCUGGCGGCUGAUUUCAUGCCUGGUGGAGACUACUAUAACCCUUGGUUUAUUUACGGAACAUUUGACGAGAUUGACGGAAAGACGGCUCUCAUGUCGGUCACAUUCUACCUUGGCAGGUAUAUCUUUGAGAUUCAGAGAGGCUGGAUCGUGGUUACUCAAGAUCCUUAUAACACCAAGGUGGCGAUGGAAGAAGGAGUUGCGCAGGAGUUGGGUGAGUCUGGCUGCUCAGUGGUAUUCGCGGAGUUCCACCUUCAAGUGACGUGUCCAUACUUCGUCGCUUUCUACGAUGGUCUGAUGUCUGGUCAUAUCAAGCUGCUGAGUGAUGCGAGUACUGGUGAUUUCCAGAAGGGGCGCGCUAACAUGGGGCUGUGUUUCGACAGCAAUUCUGGAAGGAGGAAGAACUGGCAGGUAGGUAAAACGAAAGGAAAGUGCGUGGUGGAGACUGAAGCUCCAGCAUGUGAGCCAUCAGGCAGCUGCACACAGUCCCGACCUCCUGCAGUCUUCGAUCAAGCAUGGACUGCUUGCGGAAUAGGAGCUGAAGGAGCUUGCAGCGAGCUGAACUGUGACGGAGCCACCCCUACCCCUCAACAGAAGUGCGCUUUGGAACAGGCAGACAGGAUCAACUGUGCACUGAAGCUGGGCAUGUCAACAGAUGGUCAGGGAGCGGACACUUCGUGUCCUGAUGACGCAUGUGAGUGGAUGCAGAAUGUUGCUGACCAAGGAUGUCCCCAGGAUAAUCUUCCUUUCGAUUGUAACAUGCCAUAAGGUGCGGUAGGAUACCUUUGUUAUUUUAUUUACUUAAGGAGAUUUAAGCACUUUCAACCAAUCCGUUAGAUUAUUAUUAUUAGUUGUGACUGGUAAUACUCUUUCCAGUUGAGCAUGUAGAUCUAGAUUAUAGUUUAGGUAACGAAAGAUAAGAUCGUUUUCACCCAAUCUAAUUUUGUUGUUGAUCACUUUAUGAUAGAAUUCGAAAACGUUUUGUAAGAUCUUUAUUUCUGUAUUUAUUUACCGAUUUGAAUUUA